AUGUUUGUGAACCGACCACGCAUUGGACAUAUUGCAAGACCAUUCUUACGACGACAUGUGUCUACCAAACCAGAGCAAUUCUUGCAGACCGUUGUGCUGAGCAAUGGCGCCACCUUCACCGUUCGAACAACAUCUCCCAAAGCACAAAUUAUCCUCUCCAAGGACACCCGCAACCAUCCAUUAUGGAACCCUGCCAUGUUGAAGGAAGGCGUACGCGAUGAAAGUGAACAACUCUCCAAAUUCCAGAAACGUUUCGGCGCUGAUUCCAACCUCGGUGAUCUGUCAUGGAUUGAAAGUGAUAUGGAGAUGUCUACAGCUAUGAAGAAAGCUGCAGCUAGUGGUGGAUAUAAGAAACCUGCACCUGAAAAAAAGAAGGGAAGAGGCAAGAAAUAA